CGCCUGGAGCCCACGCAAAGGAGGCUGGGACAGGGUGGGGCAAGGGAUACAGGAUGGGUCAGCUGCCUCUGGAAGCAGCCAGACCGGCAGAUUAGGUGACAGUCCCCGGACCCAGCCCGGAACUAACGCCCUCCCCCCCUUCCCACGGGCACCCUGGGCUGCCCCUCCAGGGCUGCGGGAGCUCAGAAUAACCCUGAGAGCCGGGCAGCGGGAUGGCGGGGGCCCUGCUCCGGGCCCUGCUCCUCUCCGUGCUCCUCGGUAGGGGCAGGGGGCAGGGGAUCCGAGGCCCAACAGGAAGGGGCGAGGGAAAGGACCAGGACCGGGGUGUAGCGCAGGACAGUGUGGGUCCCCGGGGCACGCCUUGGGUUUAGGAGACACCCCGAAAGAUGAGCAGGAGCACCGCACGGGCCCUGGGGCAGGCUGCGGCUCCAUGCCCAGUGGCCCUUCCUUCCCGGCGCCCCCAGGCGGAAGCCAGGGCAAGAGUGAAGAGCUCCGCCUGUAUCACCAUCUCUUCGACAACUACGACCCAGGGUGCCGGCCGGUCAGGAGGCCCGAGGACACGGUGACCAUCACCCUCAAGGUCACGCUAACCAAUCUCAUCUCCCUGAACGAGAAAGAGGAGACCCUGACCACCAGCGUCUGGAUCGGGAUAGACUGGCAGGACUACAGGCUCAACUUCAGCAAGGGCGACUUCGCAGGCCUGGAGACCCUGCGGGUUCCCGCCGAGCAAGUGUGGCUGCCGGAGAUUGUUCUGGAAAACAACAUCGACGGGCAGUUCGGAGUGGCCUACGAAGCCAACGUGCUGGUGUACGAGGGAGGCUACGUGAGCUGGCUGCCCCCGGCCAUCUACCGCAGCACCUGCGCCGUGGAGGUCACCUACUUCCCCUUCGACUGGCAGAACUGCUCCCUCGUGUUCCGCUCCCAGAGCUACAACGCGGAGGAGGUGGAGUUCGCCUUCGCCAAGGACGACGCCGGCGACACCAUCGACACCAUCGACAUCGACACCGAGGCUUUCACGGAGAACGGAGAGUGGGCCAUCGACUACUGCCCAGGCGCGAUCCGCCGCUACCGUGAAGGCCCCGCCGAAGGCCCCGAGCAGACUGACAUCAUCUACUCGCUCAUCAUCCGCCGGAAGCCGCUGUUUUACGUCAUCAACAUCAUCGUCCCCUGCGUGCUCAUUUCUGGCCUGGUGCUGCUCGCUUACUUCCUGCCCGCGCAGGCCGGCGGCCAGAAGUGCACGGUCUCCAUCAACGUCCUGCUGGCCCAGACCGUCUUCCUGUUUCUGAUCGCCCAGAAGACCCCGGAGACGUCUCUGAGCGUGCCGCUGCUGGGCAGGUACCUGCUCUUCGUCAUGGUGGUCGCCACGCUCAUCGUCAUGAACUGCGUCAUCGUGCUCAACGUGUCUCUAAGGACGCCGACGACCCACGCGACGGCCCCGGGGCUGCGCCGGGUGAGCGGGCUGCGGGGCUGCGCGCCGGGGGAGCGGGCUGCGGGCCGCACUGACCGCCGCCGCGCUCCGCCGCAGGUCUUGCUGGAGCUGCUGCCGCGCCUCCUGGGUUCGAGGCCGCCCCCGGAGGCCCCGCGAGCCGCCCCCGCCAGGCGCGCGUCGUCCCUGGGCAUUCUGCUCCGCGCGGAGGAGCUCAUCCUGCGGAAGCCGCGCAGCGAGCUGGUGUUCGAGGGGCAGCGGCACCGCCAGGGCGCCUGGGCGGCUGCGCUCUGCCAGAGCCUGGGGGCCGCGGCGCCCGAGGUCCGCCGCUGCGUGGACGCCGUGAACUUCGUGGCCGAGAGCACGCGAGAGCAGGAAGCCACGGGCGAGGAGCUGUCCCACUGGGUGAGGAUGGGCAAGGCCCUGGACAACAUCUGCUUCUGGGCAGCGCUGGUGCUCUUCAGCGUCGGCUCCACCGUCAUCUUCCUCGGCGGUUACUUCAACCAAGUUCCCGACCUCCCCUACCCGCCGUGCAUCCGACCAUGAGCCUGUGCCACCCCC